AUGAGUCGGUGGGAGCUGAAUACGUUGGGUCGGACUCGGCCGUUGCAGCCAGUGUAAGUGGUGGACAUGACUUCAUAGUUGGCGGAAUAUGCAUUCUGCUGAUGGUCUUUGCUGAUUUUGUAAUUUUACCUUGAAUAAGGAAGUUGAGUUUUGAUUCGCAGUUAUGCCCUUUCUAAAUUUUCAUUACUGUGUAUUUAUGUUAUCUACAAGAAUUUGGAAACCUUGAGAUCAUUUUUUUGGAGGAUAUCAGUCUGUCGGGAAAAUAGUGAGCAAGCGCUGUCGCAUUAAAAAUCGCAUCGCCACCGAGAAAAUAAAUUGUAUCUCGACAAAAUCAAAUUUUUUUUUCACUUUAGCGACGCAGUUCUUGCAACGACAUAGUGCACGUUAUUUUCAAGACACUCAUAGCUUCGAUGCCAGGUUUAUUUACUUCUGUAAAAAUCUUCAAUCGAAUCGCUGAAUUUUCGAAGCCGUUUGCAGCUUUGCAGUUUAGAAAAAUUAUUAUAAGGCUCGCAAAAAAUUUCAAUUCUUUUAGACGCAACGACGCGGUUUCGAUGUCCCAGAAUGUCCUCGGCCUCGAGCGAGAGGUUUAUCAACACGGCACUGUCGGAGACUUCCUAGGAUCUUCGUUAGAAGGUAUCAAUUUUCCUAUGCGUUUUUUCAGUCUUAUUUUACCAAAAAAACUCAAAUUGUGACUGUUUUUAGGCGUUCAAUCCGGAUUCAUCAAAUGCGUCUACACGGCAAAACACCAACCCAACAAUACAGUUACAUUGCUCUGUGAGAAGGCGGAGGGGUGUUGCAGAGAUUGGUGUUGUCCCAAGGAUCAGUUUUGGUAUGAAACCUGAUAAUUUUAUAAGGGAGAAGUCCCAAGUGCGAUGCAAAGAUUUUUUAAAAAUUUUACAUACUUGUUGUUGGGCUUCGGCCGCUUAUCAUUCUCUUGAAAUUUUAGAACGCCUUUGGCAGUAGCAUCGAGGGUUUUCAACGGUGUGCACGCAAAAUUCGAAGAGCGGACGGAAAGAAAAGAACUUUUUUGGUAAUUUCUUUGUCAGCUUUGAAUGGAAAUUUUUUUUGUGGAAGCUUUACUCUCUACGGUAAAAAUAGGCUUUUCAUGUCAAAAGCUAUAAAAAAUGUUGCACUUUUGCCAAUUUUUAACUUAAAAGUCCCAUUCUUCGCGCAAAAGAAAAAAAGACGCCUGCGCUUUGCAGGUUCAGCCGAAACGCAAUUUUUUUUCGGCCGGGAGCCGUAUUUCUGCCAGUUUUGAGCGGAAAAAUUGGUUUUUUGUCGAAAUUUUACCCUUUUUGGUAAAACCGGACAUAAAGCUUUUUAGGCCACAAAUUUGCAAAAAAUGCCAUAUUAAAGUACGAGCUAAAACUCCCGCUUAUGUUUUUAAAAAACAAUCUGAAUUUAUGCCAAGUUUCAUCAAAAUCUCAACGUCACAAUUGGUGCCCUUCCCCCGGCUAAAACUGUAUUGCUUUAGGAUGACCGGAGUGUUUGUCCUGCUCGGCUUUGUUCUAUUAGUAUUUAUUAUUGGAGCUUGUGCUAUAAUAAUCUGCUAUCAACGGUCGAAAAUUCGACAACGACGGGAAGAGAAAGAAGUCUACGAAUACGUCGAGUCGCAGGUAAAUAAACGAACUCCUUUUUCACAGUAUUUACUCAGUCACGGUUGGGCAAUUGCUCAUUUUAUGACUGAACUAUAUAUUUACUUUUGAACACGAUUUUUUGUAUCGUUCUGUCGGCAAAAUAAUGCGGAUUUGUCGCAGCGAAAUUUAUCGCUAUCUCAUUACCAAAUCUCCAGCCGCGGUUAGCCAUCGCAAAACGAUGAUGGGCAAUCCCAAGGCGCAACUAAUGUUCAUUAUUUUCCCGACAGAGUAUAUAUUUUCUCGAGAAAGUGUUAUUGAUAUCUACUCUCGUUAUCUUUCAGCUAUCGAAUUACCCAGUCGGGUCGACCCAAUCAAUAAUGGGCCCGAUGACCACCGAGGGCCCCACGAUGGGCUACUCGACCUACAAUAAUCAUGCACAUCGAUACUAA